AUGGCGGAAUCCUUGGACUUUGUGCCAGGGGCCGAGCAGGCGAGGCAGCGCGUGAACGCCUUCGUGGCGGACGCGAUGAACAAGCUCAUCCGCGACGUCCUCCCUCCCAGCUCCGUCGACUCGUCCACGGCGGUCGUCCUCGCCAACGCGCUCUACUUCAAAGGGGCGUGGACACAGCCGUUCGACGUCUCCACCAUGCCGUUCCACAUCCCAGGCGGCACCACCGGGCGCGUGCCAUCCAUGACCACAAGCCGGUCACAGCGCAUCGCGGUCUACCCGGGCUUCAGGGCCCUCAAGCUGCCGUACAAGAACGACGUGCAGCAGCAAGCUGAAUUCUACAUGCUUAUCCUACUACCGGACAGGGACACUGUUAGUCUCGCCGAUCUGUAUGACAAGGCUGUGUCGACGCCGGAGUUCAUCAAGACGCACACGCCAGCGGGUAAGGUUCCAGUCGGGCGGUUCAUGGUCCCCAAGUUCAAGUUCACGUAUGAGUUUGAGGCGUCUUCGGACAUGCGAAAGCUUGGUGUCAAUAGGGCUUUUCAUGGCGGCGACUUCUCCGGUAUGGUGAGCAGCAGAGAUGGGGGGCUCACCAUCACCGGGGUGUACCAUAAGGCCACCAUUGAGGUGGACGAGGUAGGCACCGCGGCCGCCGCUGCCACCGUCGUCGUAAUCGGGCGUACUACGGCACCACGACCAAGGUAUCUGGUGGAUUUUGUGGCGGAUCGGCCCUUCUUAUUUGGCGUGGUUGAGGAGAUGACAGAUGCGGUUUUGUUCCUUGGUCACGUGGUUGAUCCUCUCACUUGCUAA